GAAGAUGGCGGUCUCUACAACAUUGCUAACUGAAUCAGUGCUGGGAUGGUCCAUAUUCGCUGUUGUGCUGGUGGUGAUCUUGGCUUUCUGUUGGGUCUACAUUCGGAAGUACCAGAGUCGUCAGGAGAGCGAAGUUAUCUCCACAAUCACAGCGAUAUGCGCUCUGGCCAUUGCACUGAUUACAUCUGCGCUUCUUCCUGUGGAUAUAUUUCUAGUGUCCUUCAUGAAGUAUCCUAAUGGCACUUACAAGGAGUGGGCAGCUAAUAACGAGACAAGAAAACAGAUUGAAGACACAGUUUUGUAUGGAUACUACACUUUGUACUCCAUCAUCUUGUUCUGUGUCUUCCUUUGGAUCCCCUUUGUGUAUUUUUAUUACGAGGAGAAAGACUAUGAUAAUGGAAACAAGUGUUUGCAAGUGAAAAAUGCGCUGAAGUACACAAUUGGAUUUAUCAUCGUCUGUGCUGCUCUUCUGCUAAUUGGGGCCUUUGUUCCUUUGGAUGCUCCACCGAAUCAAAACUCAACCCAGUGGGAGAAGGUGCAGUACCUGUUUGAAGAGCUGGGAAGCAGUGAUGGCCUGGCUGCCCUGUCUUUCUCCAUCAGCUCCCUGACCUUGAUUGGCAUGCUGGCAGUGAUCACUUAUACGGCAUAUGGAAUGUCGGUGCUACCGCUGAACCUCAUUAAAGGCACACGCAGCAUUGUGUACGAGAGGCUGGAGAACACAGAGGACAUCGAAGAGGUGGAACAUCAGAUAGAAAAAAUCAAAGCCAAGUGUGAGGAUGGUCGACCUCUCUCCAUGCGAGACAGGAGGAACAUGCAGGAACUGGAGGCCAAGCUACAGGUGCUCCGUCGCCGGGGGAGACACCUGGAGAUAGCAGAGCGUAACUGUUGCACUAAAGUGGGGACCGCCCUUCGACCCAUAAAGAUUUUGCUAGGAAUCUUCUUCAUCUUGGUGGCGCUCCUGUUCACUGUAGCAUUGUUCAUUUCGAAUCUGGAUAAGGCUCUGCACUCAGCUGGUAUCAGCACUGGUUUCAUCAUCUUUGGAACCAACCUGACCAAUCCACUCAAUGAGCUUCUUCUAGCUCUGCAGCCGGUCUUCCCACUGGACUAUGUGUUAAUCACAGUUAUCACCAUGUACUUCGUCCUCACAUCCAUGGCUGGCAUACGGAACAUGGGAAUCUGGUUCUUCUGGAUACGGUUGUUCAAGAUUAGGCCCAGGAGAACACGGCCACAGGCCCUUCUCUUCCUCUGUAUGAUUCUGCUCUUGAUUGUUCUCCACACCAGCUACAUGAUCUAUAGCCUCGCCCCGCAGUAUGUCAUGUACGGAAGCCAAAAGUACCUUGUGCAGAGCCCUGUACCAAUGACAGAUGUAACCCAGGGGAAUCAGACUACUGGGACCACCAAGAUCUGUGAUGCAGAGGCUCCUGAAGAUCAGUGCACUGUGACAAGAUCUUACCUUUUCCUCCACAAGUUCUGGUUCUUCAGUACCAUCUACUACUUUGGCAACUGGGCAUUCAUUGUGGUUUUCCUCAUUGGUUUGACUGUGUCUUGCUGCAAAGGAAAGAAAUCUGUGAUUGAAGGAGAGGUAGAGGCGGAUGACUCAGACCUCAGCGAUGAUGAAUAUGUGCACUAGUUGCUGCUUCCCUAAAACAGGCAGUGACAACAUUCA